CCCGUCAUUUAGCUCAAUUACCACUAAUAAUCACAUAAAAAAAAUGUCGCUCUGGGUAGAUAAGUACAGACCAAGACUGCUUGAUCAACUCUCUUUCCAUCCAUCCAUCACACAGAACCUCAAGGCCCUUGCCAGUACCGGGGACUUCCCCCAUCUUUUGGUGUAUGGACCAACUGGUAGUGGGAAGAAAACCAGAAUCUAUGCCACUUUACAUGAACUAUUUGGACCUCUGGUGGAAAAGCUUAAGAUCGACGUGAAGACUUUCACCACUUCUUCAAACAGAAAGCUUGAAUUCAAUGUUUUAAGUUCUCCUUAUCAUCUUGAAAUCACUCCUUCUGACAUGGGCAAUAACGAUAGAGUCGUCAUACAGGAUCUUUUAAAGGACGUGGCGUCCACUGAACAAGUGGACUUUACCAAUGGUGCUGGCAAUGGGUCUGGUGGCCAUGGUGGGCCAACUAGACAUCGGUUUAAAGUGGUGAUCAUCAAUGAGGCGGACUCUCUUAGUAGAGACGCGCAAGCAGCACUCAGAAGAACAAUGGAAAAAUACUCCUCCAACAUCAGACUUAUCAUGAUCAGUAAUACCACUUCCAAUAUCAUUCCACCCAUCAAGUCAAGAACUCUUUUAGUGAGGAUCCCUGCUCCUUCCUCUGCUGAAGUGGCGUCAGUAUUGGCCCAUAUCUCAAAGAAGGAAUCGGUCAAGUUCACCGAUUCAAAUACAGAACCAUUUUUUGAAGCAGUGGCGAACAAUUGUGAAUGUAACUUGCGUAAAUCCUUACUUUGCUUUGAGACAAUUGCCAUGCAAACUGCACAAAUCAAUGUAAGUAAUGAUUCUACCUCAAUUAUCAAACUAGACUGGGAAGUGAUUAUUGAAAAUUUGGCUAAAUCUAUUGCCGGGAACAGAACGGUUGCCAACUUGGCCAAGGCAAGAGUGGUGUUUUACGAACUCUUAUCACAUUGCAUACCACCACGGGUGAUCUUGAAAAAGCUUUUGUUUUGUUUGAUUUCCGAGGUUAAACCAUCCAUGGCAACGGAAUUGGUUCUGAUAGCCGCAACUUUUGAUGAAAGAUUGAGUUUGGGACAAAAGAGUAUCUUCCAUUUAGAAGGGUUUACUGCAAAGGUCAUGGUAGCUUUAGAAAAGUGAUAUGUAAUUUAAAAUAAUAAUCUGGUCUCCUUUUUUUUUUUACUUUGUGUGUAUGUCAUAUUUAGUGUGGUAUAAAAUAGAAAGGGAGGGGGUGGGGGAGAAGAAGAAAAGACUAA